UUAAAUGUGCCUACCUUCUCUAAACCUUCACUGGCUUCAAACUAUGAAAACUACAGGCUCCGAGAUACUCCUUCAUACAGGGUCUGAAAAAAAGAUGUUUCCGCAGCGAAAUGUCUCACCAGUUCUACCGUGGAUGCUGAGACUAUCCCUCUCUUUUAUCACCUGCUUUUACAGUUCCACCGUUCGUUUAAACGGAACGGUUAACAGAAGCUUAGUGAGCACAUUUGAGUACUUCCUCAAGCGUCUGGAAAACCCGAUACCAGUCCAUGGCGUUAAAACCUUAGACAAGUUGAUCGACUCAAAAAGAGAACUCUGGUUCCGUCUUUUCAUUCCAACUGAUUUUCCAUCAAAUGACGGAAACAACAAACUCCCUGUGAUCAUUUUUUUCCAUGGUGGUGCAUUCACGUUCAUGUCUCCAGAUUUGAUCAUAUAUGAUGCAGUAUGUCGACGUAUUGCUCGUAAAGUUCCCGCCAUCGUUGUCUCCGUAAACUACAGGCUUACUCCAGAAUAUCGGUUUCCGUCUCAAAAUGAUGAUGGAUUCGACACUUUGAAAUUCCUUGACAAGAAUGACUUCUACGGAUUAUCGUCGAACGCAGAUCUAUCACGUUGUUUCCUCGUUGGAGAUAGCGCAGGAGGUAACAUAGCGCAUCAUGUUGCCGUCCGGUGGGCUUCUAAAGCCAAUGAGUUUCGUAAAGUAAAAGUGAUCGGUUUAGUUGCGAUUCAACCUUUUUUCGGCGGAGAAGAAAGGACGGAAUCUGAGAUACGACUCCAGGGAGCUCCAUUAGCACCUUCUGUCGAGCACAGCGACAGGCACUGGAGAAUGUUUGUACCAGAAGGGUCCAAUCGUGAUCAUGAAGCUGUAAAUGUUUUCGGCCCGAACUCUAAAACUGAUAUAUCCAAACUAAAAGCAUUUCCUGCGACGUUGGUGUUCAUCGGUGGAUUGGAUCCGUUACAAGAUUGGCAAAGACGGUAUUAUGAGGGUUUGAAGAGUUUUGGUAAAGAAGCUUAUUUGGUCGAGUACCAUAACGUAAUCCAUGCUUUCUACUUGAUUCCUGAUUUCCAAGAAUCUUUUCUUUUGAUUAACGAGGUAAAACGGUUUAUUUGGAAUCAAAUCAACUCGAAUAAUAUGUUUCAAAUUUAUGUAGAAGAAAAACAGAAAAAUUACUACUAGUUAAGUGUUACUGCUUGUUUUUGGCGUCUAAGGUUAAGAGUAAUUGUAAAGUGAGACACUCACUAAGUAGUUUUAGUCUUCGUAUCUCAUCGCCGACCAUCAACCUAGCCGCAGCAGCAACAGCAGCAGGAAAAAAUAAACUAUCCCUUCAAUGGAUUUCUGAGCUUUACAUGACUCCAUUAUUUAAGUAUAAAAGAGAUUGUAUCUCUAACAUUGAUAUUAAUUUUCAUUUCUAAUUAUUUCUACUCAUUAACCAUUACACAGGGGUGAAGAAAACCGUACUAAAUUGUUAUUAUGUGUGGGAAUGUGAUUCCCAUAGAAUCA